AUGCCUUCCUCCGCCUUUCUGGCUUCCUCGCUUCUUCACUCUUCCCCCUCAUUUCCCCAACCCAAGACACUCUUCAUCAUCAGCAACCACAUUCAGUCCCAAGAAAACAACUUAAUUCUCUUUGCGGCGCUACCCACUUCUACUGUCCAUUCAUCGAAGGGCCAACCAUCCAACAUCAUCCUCAGCCUCUCGCAGGGAACACACAGAUUCUGCAGCCUAAAAAAGGUUGAAUAUUUGAAUCAAACUACAACCGUAUCGGUGGCUGAGCAGCAAAGUGGCUUGGCCGCCAAAGAAAAAGCCAACCUUGAUUUCGCUAAGGGGAAUGGUGGAGUCCGAGUACGAGAUUUGGUUGCAAGAAUUAGAGCGUUACCCACUGCGGAAAGAACCAGAAUUGUCGAGAUCUUGGUGGCUGGUGGUGGGUUUGAAACUAUAACUGACUUCAAUGAUAUGCUUAUGGCAUUGGUGACGGCAGACGUGCCUGAACUUGAACUUGCCUUGAAAUUGAGUUCCAAUUUGUCGUCUUUUGGGCUGUUUCCGAAUUGCUGGACGUAUUCCAUUAUGAUCAGGUGUUACUGCAAUACAAACGAACCGGCUGAGGCCAAAAGAAUCUUAGACCAACUGCUUGAAGGUGGGUUUCUGCCAAGCGUUGCCACAUUCACUGUUCUAAUCAGUACAUUCUGCAGAGGCGGCAGAGUGCAGAAGGCCAUGGAGGUUCUGGGAAUUAUGCGGCGGUAUAACUGCGAACCGACAAUUCAGACAUACAAUUGCUUGUUAAAAGGAUUGUGUUAUGUGGGACAGGUUGAGAGCGCCAGCGAGUUGUUGGUGAAUAUCAAGAAAUCUUCCAAGAAACUUGACAUUUAUUCCUACACGGCGGUUAUGGAUGGACUUUGCAAAGUGGGUCGAUCAGACGAGGCCUGUGAAUUGCUUGAUGAAGCUCUGGAGAUGGGACUUAUCCCCAACGUGGCCACUUUCAAUACUCUGUUUACUGGCUACUGCAAGGAGGGCAGGCCACUGGAGGGUAUUGGUUUGUUGGGUCAAAUGAAAGAAAUAAAUUGCAUGCCUGAUCACAUCAGCUAUAAUACCUUGCUGUUUGGUCUGUUGAAGUGGGGUCAAAUUCACGCGGCACUGCAGAUUUAUAAGGAGAUGAUUGACCUUGGAUUUCAAGUGGAUGAGAAGAACAUGAACACUCUGCUGAGAAGGUUAUGCAGGGGAUCUAGGACGGAGAAAGGGCUGUUGAAAGAUGCCUAUGAUGUGUUCGAGAAAAUGAAGAAAUGGGAAGUUGUUAUUUAUGAUUUUACAAAUGACCUAGUGAUAGAAGCAUUCUGCCGCGGAAAUGAUGCAGACGAGGCUCUGUCCAAUUUGUGCGGCAUGGUUGAAGUUGGCUACAUUCCAAAGAAUGGUACCUUUAACAAUGUUAUUAGGGCACUUUGUGUUGAUGGAAAAUUGGAGGAGGCACUGUCAAUUUUAGCCAUGCAUGGAGGAAACACAAUUCCCAGUAGAGUUGCUUUUGAUAUUUUAGUUGAUGAAUUCAAUAGGCAGGGCAGGCGGUGGGACGCAUGUAACAUAUAUGGUGCAGCAUUGAAACUAGGUGUGACUCCAAAAAGAAAGCCCAAAGGAUGUUAA